AUGGGUUUCACACUUGUUCACAGUUAUGCUGAACUUGUUAGCUCAGAGUCACAACACCCCCUAGAUAUUGGUCUCGUAGCUGACGGCACUGAGUCUGAGCAUCCGGACUCGGACAAUCUGGACGUCGGCCUUGGGGCUAUCGACACUGAGCGUGAUCCUCACGAGCUCCCCACAUUCAAUUCUAAAAGUCUCACAAACCCCUCAUCUACCGUCCUCUAUCUACCUCCGCUACUUUCUUCUCUACCUCACGACCUCGGGGUACUACUCCAUACAUCACUAGAACAGCAGCCGAUGCUCUCCGGGACCCGUCUACCUGAUAUAGACCCCGUAUCGCUGUCGUUGCACAAAGCUUUGCACCAUUUCCAUCCGGUGACUCCGUAUUAUGCUGAAUUACCAUACGAUGAAGCGUUCAAUUGGAGUGAAUUAGAACUUCCGGAAGAUGAGGAGCGUGAGUGGUAUUGUGUUGCCUUUCGCAGCAAGCGAUUGCCUGGGAGCGACAGUGGACCCCUUUAUGAUGCCGACAAGUUAGCUCACGAGGAAGCUGUGCUCAGUGGUGGUCUUAUCAUGUAUUGGUAUGGUGUGCCAGAUCCAGAAACGGGUAUGAACCUUGCAACGUGCAUCUGGCAGUCCCGAAAACAUGCAGUGGCUGCCAACUCGCACCCGCACCACAUCCGUGCAAUGAUGCUUGCAGCCUCUUCAUACGAGGUAUAUACUCUGGAACGACACAAGCUGCGAAAGUCACGGGGAGAACGUGGGGUCACCAUCCAACCGUUUGACGGUGCUGAAGUUGUUUGGUAA